AUGAUCGGCCUCGCCUACACGGCCUUCGUCGUGCCCAUCCCCAACGCAGACGAAUACAACGACUUCGUAACGAACCUCCCUCUCUCGCCUGCCCUCAAGGGCCGUCUCUCCACGUCAUCAUCAAGGAACAGCAACCGCUUCUCGUUUGGGUCGUUUACAUCCGACUUGUUCCUCGACGACGAUACCCACGACUACUCGCCAUCCACCAACUACAACAACAACGAAGAUGAUGAUGAUGGUGGCAAUCGCAAAGUCAAAGAUAACAACAACAUGAAUGAGAUUGGGAGUGGGAAUGAUGAUGUGGUCAUCAGACGGCGAAAGAGUAAGCGCGCGAGCGUGCUGAGGAGGUUGCGCGUCUUGGUGGAUGAGAGGGUGAGUGCGAGGUUGAGGAGGAGGAACGGGUAUGCGCCUGUUGGGGAUGAUGAGAUUGAGAUGCACUGA